CUCUGGAUGAUUCAGUUGAUCGCGGCGACGGAGCGCUGCUGGCGAAGAGAGAACCGGUCUUUCUGUUUUAUAACCAUCUUUACCGCAUUUACAGCAAAAUGAUUCUGCAGUUGUUCAACCCGUCGGUGUGCAUGAGGGACCCUCAGAGGGUUCAGGGAAUCCUCCAGGCCAUGCUGAAAGCUGGAGCCAACACCUUACAGGUGAUCUCAGAUUUUGACAUGACGCUAACGAGAUUUGCAUAUAAUGGGAAAAGGUGCCCGACCUGUCACAAUAUUCUGGAGAACAGCAGACUGAUCUCCAAUGAUGGUAAAGUUAAGCUAAAAGAGCUGCUCAACACAUACUACCCAAUAGAGAUCGACUCAUCGCGAUCAGUGGAGGAAAAACUGCCUCUCAUGGUGGAGUGGUGGACUAAAGCCCACGAGCUACUGCUAGAGCAAAAGAUAAAGAAGGACCAGUUAGCGGAGGCGGUACAGGAGUCUGAUGCCAUGCUGAGGGAUGGUUACCAGCUGUUCUUUGACCAACUUUACAAGCACAACGUCCCUGUCCUCCUCUUUUCUGCUGGGAUCGGAGACAUUUUGGAAGAGGUGAUCCAUCAGGCUGGGGUAUUCCACCCCAAUGUCAAAGUCAUCUCCAACUACAUGGACUUUGAUGAAGCUGGAGUGUUGAAGGCUUUCAAAGGAGAGCUGAUCCACAUCUAUAAUAAAAGGGAAGGUGCCAUGCUGAACACCAGACUUUUCCAGGAGCUGCGGAUGCGGCACAAUGUGUUGCUGCUGGGGGACUCUCUGGGAGAUCUGAACAUGGCCGAUGGGGUACAGGACAUGCAGAACAUCCUCAAGAUUGGGUUCCUCAAUGACAAGGUGGAGGAGAGAAAGCAGUCUUACUUGAACGCGUACGACAUUGUGCUGGUGAAAGACGAGACACUGGAGAUCCCCAACGCGGUAGUGCGGUACCUGACAGGCAAUCAGUGAAGCAAGAAUUUGAAACAUUUCUCCUUCUUUUCCAUCAAUCUUUGAACAUUGAACUCUCCACUGUCACUCGCAGUGGAUUUUAUCAGCCCGGAAAGCCCCAGACCUUU